AUGGGGUGUGGGGUGACAAAGGGGAGUGAAUUCAGUAGAAGAUGCGAAAAAGCAGCCACAACAAUGAGAGCUGCGGUGCUGAUCCAGCGCUGGUAUCGUCAGUACGUCGCCCGCAUGGAGAUGAGACGCAGAUACACCUGGAAUAUCUUCCAGUCGAUAGAAUACGCAGGCCAGCAAGACCAGAUCAAACUGUAUAAUUUCCUUGGAUAUCUCGUGGACAACUUCACACCGUCUAGUAAUGAACGAAAUUUGAUUUCACAUAUCUUCAGAGAAAACGAGGUCUGUCGAGAUACCGAGUGGGAGAGAUACUUCAGUUACCAGAACAUUGAUGUACCGGAUAUUUACUCUGGCCCUCGACUAACAUUCCCGCUAACUGCCGACCAAGCUACCGACCUGGUGGAGGCAUUCAGGCAAAAAAAACAGCUCCAUUCACGCUACGUUCUUCAGCUUCUUCUUGAAACGUGGAAAUUGCUCCGAGUUCUGCCAAAUAUCAACCGAGUCUCCACUUGUCAUAGCAAAGAAAUCACUGUUUGUGGCGAUUUACAUGGACAACUGGAAGAUUUACUCUUUAUAUUCUAUAAGAAUGGAAUGCCGUCUUUGGAGAGGCCCUAUGUGUUCAAUGGAGACUUCGUGGACAGAGGCCAAGACUCGAUCGAGAUUCUCCUCAUUCUGUUUGCCUUUCUACUGGUGUACCCUGGUGACAUUCACCUGAAUCGGGGAAACCAUGAAGAUCACAUCAUUAACUUGAGGUAUGGCUUCACCAAGGAGGUUUUAAACAAGUACAGGCUGCAUGGUAAGCGCAUUUUGAAACUGCUGCAGAAGAUCUUCAGCUGGUUGCCCCUGGUUACAGUGAUCGAUCAGAAGGUUCUGAUUGUGCAUGGUGGGAUAUCAAACACGACUGACCUGGCUCUGAUUGCUAGAGUGGACAGGCACAGAUACGUGUCUGCACUGAGACCACCGAAGAAGAGGGGGAGCACACAUGGGGGGCAGUCUUCGCUUGACUCGGACAUAGAGGACGACGUGACAAGCGUCAAAUCCAGCAGUGCAAAUCUUCGGCGGGCUUCUUUUGGGAUGGCCUACACCAAACCCAAGCCCUUCGGCGACCGAGACAGCUUCCAACGCCGUUCCCUGCAGGAUUUCUCCGCCACCGUCAACCGGACGUUGGAGGACGAGCUGGAGGCGCGUCGCCGACGGGCGGAGUUCGUGUGCGCGGGCUACAACCUGUCGCACAGGAACCUGAAUUCGUCGGUGUCCUCAGAGUCAGACCAAAGUUCCACCGAAGCCUUCGAUUGUCUCAACGAAGAGUGGAAACAGAUUUUGGAUUUGCUGUGGAGCGACCCCAUGGCUCAGGACGGCUGUGUUCCCAACGAGGUUCGGGGUGGGGGCUGUUACUGGGGUCCCGACGUGACGGAGGACUUCCUCAACCGGCACCACCUCCAACUCAUCAUCCGCUCACACGAGUGUAAACAGGAGGGCUACGAGUUCUGUCACAAGAGAAAGGUCCUCACACUGUUUUCUGCCUCUAACUACUACGAGGUGGGCAGUAACAGGGGAGCAUUCGUUAGACUGGGACCAGAUCUAGUGCCUUAUUUCGUCCAGUACCAGGCCAGUGAUAUGACACGUGAACUGAGCCUUAGACAGAGCGCGAAGCGGACUGAGCACUCCGCCCUGCGCGUCCUACGAGAGCAACUGUUUUCGCACAAGUCCGACCUCCUCAGUGCCUUCCAGGAGUACGAUAAGGAGAACACAGGUCUCAUUUCCUUGCAUGACUGGGCCAACGCGGUGGGACAGGUACUCCAUCUGGACCUGCCCUGGAGGAUGUUACGCUCACAGCUGGUCACCAGGACUUCCAACGGCAUGCUGGAUUACAACGCUUGGUUCCGUGAGCUUGCCAUCACUGAGUCGAGCGUUGAGCACAUAGAGCAGACGUUGCUGGAGACGCUGUACAGACAUCGCUCCACGCUAGAGACCAUUUUCCGUAUCGUAGACACAGACAAUUCAGGCCUCAUAUCCUUUGAGGAUUUCCGUCAGACCUGGAAACUGCUUAGUGCCUACCUAAAAAUGGAGAUUUCCGACGAGGCCAUCAACGACUUGAUCGUCACCAUCGACACAAACAAGGACGGCAGCAUCGACAUAGACGAGUUUAUGGAGGCUUUUCGCCUCGUGGACAAAAAAAGCAGACUGGAGCGCGGUCGCAGCAUAUUCAUGGCCCGGCAAGAGGACGCGCCUCAGGAGGAAGAAACGGCGCAAGUGGAGGAAAUCCACAUCGAGGACGAGGAGUCGCCCUCUCCUGCCGCUGAAACUGGGGAGUAG